GCGCUCGUAGACUAGCUGGUCAAAAUAAUGCCAAAUUGAGGGCCGGAAUCGAACUGAAGAAGCAUUGAGAAAAUAAAAAUAUAAGUCCCAGUUAAGCUAAUCCCAAAAUUUCAUCUCUCUCUCUCUCUCUCUGCGUAUAGAGUAGCAGUCGACGAAGGAGAAGGAAAAGGAGAAGAGAUGGCGAUAGGGGUGCAGGGGUUGCCGUUUACAUUUGUGGCGCAUAUACUGGCCAUAGCAGUUGCGAUCAUGGUGCUGGUAUGGUGCAUCCACUUCCGCGGCGGAUUGGCCUGGGAGGCUUCCAACAAGAGCCUCAUCUUCAACAUCCAUCCUGUCUUGAUGUCGAUUGGAUUCAUCAUCCUAGGAGGAGAAGCUAUAAUGAGUUACAAAUCUCUUCCUCUGAAGAAAGAAGCGAAGAAGCUAACACAUAUGGUGCUGCAUGCCACUGCAUUCAUACUUGGAAUUAUAGGGAUUUAUACUGCAUUCAAAUACCACAAUGAGAGUGGCAUUGCCAAUCUCUACAGCUUGCAUUCUUGGCUUGGGAUUGCGAUUAUUUCCCUCUAUGGCAUUCAGUGGAUAUAUGGGUUUGUGGUAUUCUUCUACCCCGGAGGAACAACGGAAAUCCGAAGCGGGUCAGUUCCAUGGCACGUUCUAUUUGGGCUCUUUGUAUACGUGCUCGCCGUAGGGAACGUCGCCAUUGGUUUGCUGGAGAAACUCACCUUCCUUGAGAGCUCCGGCCUCGCCAAGUACAGCCCCGAGGCCUUGCUCGUCAACUUCACCGCCGUCGUCACCAUCCUCUAUGGAGGCUUUGUGCUGCUUACCGUUCUUUCUCAGGGUCCGGCGGAGGAUGAAUCCAGCUACGCCGCUAUAUAAUCCGUCGACACCUUCGCCGGCGAUUAGAUUUUUCCGGUGACGGAAAUGGGAGAGGGAGCAUGGCUGUUAACUACUUGGGCGUGUGUAAUAAUUGAAGUGUAGCAUUGCAAUAUACAUAUGGGCUUGAAUUGGUGUAGUUUUUAGGUGGGUCUGCUGGCCCAAUUGGGUUAAAGGAUUGCACUUUUUAUGCCUUAGUGGUUGGUGUAGAUGAGCUUGUAUUUUGUUCGUCCUAGACUGCUUCUUAUGUAAAGUAAUUUUAAAAAGUGAAAGUAGUAAGAAAAUUAAAAUAAA